UUGCGACUUGUGGCUUAUCUGUUGCAAUUAUAUGUUUUUUUAGAGACUCUAUGACUAACUCCAUUUUACUUCAGCUUAUAAGAUAUCGUAUUUUCACAAUUUAAGCCGUAAAAUAAGGGCGGAUUUAGUUAAUUAAAUAUUUUCAAGAAGUUUUAGACUCUCCAGGGUGAAUGUUUCUCGAAGGCAGCAGGACAGUGAUGUACCGCCCAUGUGUGUCAAGUCCUGUAAGAGCGCAGAACAAUCAUCAUAAAGAUACUUUUUUGAAGCCUUUACGCGGUGAGUGUGUUCUGAUAUGCAUCUGGUGUUUAUUGUAUCAACUGACACAAGAGCCCUGUUUAAGGUCUGAUAGAUGGAAAAUAACUUUCUUAACUUUGGUUUAUGCUAGCCGAACAGAGUUAGAGGGACGAUGCAGGAUGGUUAUUGAACUGGAGCUGCGCUUUUGACAGAAGUUGAAUGGAGAGCCUAUUUUCCCUGACCGUUCGCAGUGACGUACUCAAAUAAUGCUGCCGCGUAAAAGCAUAAUUCCCGAAGAGUUCGCGUUCUCCCCGGCGCUCGUGUCGCCGAUUCCCCGCAAACCCGUGUUCAGGGACCGCGUGAACAAAGCGCGCUUCAUCGCCAAGAGCGGCGCAUGCAACUUGUCGCACAAGAACAUCCGCGAGCAGGGCAGAUUCCUGCAGGACGUGGUCACUACUUUGGUGGAUCUCAAAUGGCGUUUCACCCUGGUCAUUUUCUCCAUGACGUUCCUGUGCAGCUGGCUGCUGUUCGCUAUGUUCUGGUGGCUAGUGGCGUUUGCGCACGGGGAUCUGGACCCUAACCGUAAACCUGGCGUGCAGCAGUGCGUCACUAAUGUCAACUCUUUCACCUCUGCGUUCCUCUUCUCCAUCGAGGUGCAGGUGACAAUAGGAUUUGGAGGGCGUAUGAUAACGGAGCAGUGUCCCACAGCCAUCACGCUGCUCAUAUUACAGAACAUCAUCAGCCUAAUAAUUAACGCCGUCAUGCUGGGCUGCAUCUUCAUGAAAACUGCCCAGUCCCAUCGGCGUGCCGAGACCCUCAUCUUCAGCCGCCGAGCUGUCAUCGCCGUGCGUAACAACCGCCUGUGCUUCAUGAUCCGGGUGGGUGAUCUUCGUAAAAGCAUGAUCAUCAACGCGGUUGUGCGCCUCCAAGUGGUCCGGAAGACCACUACGCCAGAGGGCGAAGUCAUACCCAUCCACCAGAUCGACGUCCAGACAGAAAGUGCAGUUACCAGCAACAGCAUCUUCCUGUUGGCGCCCCUGAUCAUAUGUCACGUCAUCGAUAAGGACAGUCCACUAUACGACCUCUCUGCAAUGGAGCUGCAGUGUAGCGAUCUGGAGGUCAUUGUGAUCCUGGAAGGUGUGGUGGAGACCACGGGCAUCUCCACUCAGGCUCGCACCUCGUACGUGACUGAGGAGAUCCAGUGGGGCCACCGAUUCGUACCUAUAGUGACCGAGGAAGAGGGGGUAUACUCGGUGGACUACUCAAAGUUCGGGAACACGGUCAAAGUGGCCACCCCAUGCUGCAGCGCCCGUGAGCUGGACGAGAAGCCCUCCAUCCUGAUCCAGACACUCCAGAAGAGUGAGCUGUCACAACAGAACUCUUUGCGCAAGAGGAACUCCAUGCGCCGGAACAACUCUAUGCGUAAGAGCAACUCCAUGCGGCGCAACAAUUCCGCCCUCGCUGUGCCCAAAGUGCAGUUCCUCACCCCUGAGGGUGGAACAAAUCUAGCAGUCACAUGACAGAAGUCCUGGUUAGUGCUUUUCACCCAUCUCUCUUUAAGUCCUUGUCUUUCUCUAGGUCCAUGUCAUGCUCUUUUCUAUGGUUUCCUCUGUUUUUUGAUCAUUCCUAUCCUGGGCAACUCUGGCCCACGAGAUCCACUUCUCUGCAGAGUUUAGCUCAAGCACUAAUAAAAUACACCAGAACAAGCUACUUGGUGGACUACUCAAAGUUUGGGAACAUGGUUAAGGUGGCCACCCCAUGCUGCAGCUCCCACAAGCUGGAUGAGGACCCUCCAUCCUGAUCCAGACACUCAAGAAGAGCGAGUUGUUGCAACUCUUUGCGCAAGAGGACCUCCAUGUGCCGGAUAACUCUGUGUGCAAGGGCAACUCUAUGCACCGCAACAAUUCCGCUCUCGCUUUGUCCAAAGUGUAGUUCCUCACCUCUGAGAGUGGACCAAAUCUUGCAGGCACAUGACAAAAGUCCUGGUUAGCAACAUUCACCUUGUCUUUCUCUAGUUUCUUGUCAAGCUCUUUUAUGCUGUUUUUUAUCAUUCCCAUACUGGGCAUACUGGGCCUUCGAAAUCCACUUUCCUGCAGAGUUUAGCGCCAACCUUAAUAAAACACACCAGAAUAAGCGAAUCACGGUCUUUAGGAUUACUAGGCCCUGUCCCAAAUGAGGCCCUAAGCCCUUGUGGUCUUCUUCUUCGACCACUCAGCUGAAGUGUGCAUUGAGAGUGCAUAGGACAGCAAAGGGGGCGCUAGCGAGCAAUCAUUUGAAAUUUAAAAUAAUGAAUGGGACACCCUACAGCAGUGUUUCCCAACCCUGUUCCUGGAGGCGCACCAACAGUACACAUUUUGGAUGUCUCCCUUAUCUGACCCAUCCAUUUCAGGUCUUGGAGUCUCUACUAAUGAACUGAUGAGUUGAUUCAGGUGUUUGAUUAGGUAGAGUUCAAAAAUGUAUAGUGUUGGUAUGUCUCCAGGGACAGGAUUGGGAAACAUUGUCCUACGAUCUUGUGGACUUAACGGACAUGUGUUUGCAGAGACCACUGUAAGUUCACAAGACCACAAGUUCAAAAGAAGUAUCCCACUUGGGACAGGGCCUUGAUUCUGAUUGGUUUCCUGUAUGACUGUUGAUCAAGUCAAGUCACCUUUAUUUCUAUACUGCUUUAUACAAUACAGAUUGUGUCAAAGCAGCUUUACAGUGUUAA